GCGAGAGUCUAAAAGUGUUUGAAUCAACGCGCCAUAAUUUCAAUCAUAAUCGGUCAGUGGCUAAUUGUAAUCACACAUCAUUCAUCGCUUGUAUAUAGUAUAUCACUACCUGUGAUAACUACAAUUUUUGAGGUUUUUUUUGUAUGCAGUACAAAAGUCAAGCGGAGUAAGAUGUCAUAUGUCGUCUUAUCGUUCGCGCUGGUCGUUGUGGCGUUGGUGCUGCUUUAUUUGCAUAACCAUUAUAGCUAUUGGGCGCGCCUUGGUAUUCCACAAGAAGACCCUAUCUAUGGACUUGGCAAUAUGAACGGUAUCGGGCGUGAGUUUCACUUUCGGGAUAUAAACUCACGACUUUAUAAACGCUACAAGCGAGAUGGCGCACCAAUUGGUGGCAUUUAUAUGUUCUUUUUGCGAUCAGCAUUCAUUGUUGACCUGGACUUAAUCAAGCAUAUACUCAUUAAGGAUUUUUCAAGCUUUCACGAUCGCGGUGCAUUCAACAAUGUACGCGAUGAACCGCUCUCGGGUCAUUUGCUGACACUGGAGGGCGAAGAAUGGCGCUCCUUACGUAAUAAGUUGACACCCGUUUUCUCCUCGGGCAAAAUGAAAUUUAUGUUUCCUACAGUGGUGGCGGUAGCGGAGAAUCUCAGUCGUACCUGCGGUCAGUUGGCGCCGGAAUUCGAAGUGAAGGAAUUAAGCGCACGUUACACCACAGACGUGAUCGGCACAUGCGCUUUUGGUAUUGAAUGCAACAGCCUGUCGGAUCCAAAUGCCGCAUUUCGCUGUUAUGGCCGUUCUAUCUUCGAGAAGCCGCGCCACUCACAGCUAAUACAGGCGCUUAUAAUAUUUAAUCCGAAAAUCGCGAAAAAAUUGCGUUUUAAACUACUAAAUGACGAGGUGUCUGAGUUCUUUAUUGACGCUGUGCGGAAAACCGUCGAGUAUCGAAUUAAGAACAAGGUGAAGCGAAAUGAUUUCAUGGAUAUGCUAAUCGAUAUGAUGGCUGAGGAUCAAGAGUCGGCUGCAAAGCAUGAGGGCAUAGAUUUGUCACAGGGCUUGACUUUGCUACAGAUGGCUGCGCAGGCUUUUGUCUUCUUUAUUGCCGGUUUCCACACCUCAUCGACCACCAUGUCUUUUUGUCUCUAUGAGCUGGCAAUGAAUCCAGAGAUACAAGAUAAACUACGCGAAGAAAUUGUGAACGUAUUGAGCGCUCACAAAAACGAAGUCACAUAUGAAGCGUUAAAGGAAAUGUCGUAUUUGGAGAAGGUUGUCAACGAAACACUGCGUAAAUACACUGUACUGGCGCAACUUGUGCGCACAGUCACUUCAGAUUAUCGUGUGCCCAACUCAUCACUGAUCUUGGAGAAGGGCACUUCAGUUGUGAUUCCUGUCGAUGCUAUACAUCACGAUCCUGAAAUCUACCCUGACCCCGAUCGUUUCGAUCCCACGCGCUUCGAUAAAGAGAACGUAGAAAAGCGUCAUAGCUGCGCCUUUCUGCCCUUCGGCGAUGGACCACGCAGUUGCAUUGGUCUGCGUUUCGGUAAAAUGCAGACGAAGGUGGGGCUCGUACACUUGCUGCGCGACUACAAGUUCAGUCACUCAGCUCGCACCGAAGAUCCCAUUAAGCUUAGUAAAAAAAACAUUAUCAUAGAAGCGGAGAAUGGCAUCUAUUUACGAGUGGAACGCGUCUAACUGGUUAUAAGCUGCUACUUUGGCAUAUUUUUCGAAAUAAUUUUUUACGAUAUUUCUACGUUUUCAUUGAGCAAAAGGCAGCGCUGAGUUGUGAUUUAUGAACUUCAUCAAUGCACGCAAAUAUGACAAGCGUAUUAUAUAUAUGGAGAUUUUUUGUAUUUUCGUUGCUUCUCAAGCAUAAUUAUCUAAGAUUUUCUUUCAAUUAAUUGAUUUAUAUUCUACACGACAA